AUGGCGGCCGAGGCGUUGCCUCCGCCAGAGGUGAAGCUCUUCAACCGGUGGUCCUUCGAGGACGUCGAGGUCAGCUGAGUUUCGCCCCUCUUCAUUCUGUCUCCUUGAUCGGAUCUCUCCGUUGUAUCUAUAACCGGGAUUUGAUGUUCAUUUGGUCGGGAACUCUUGGGUGCGCGCGUCUCUGUAGACCUUGCUCUCGCUGAUCGAGGGUGUGGUCAUCACUGAUCCUGGACGAAGGGUUCUUCUAUAAUCAUACCUCUGGUCUUCCGUCAGGUUGCUAUGGUAACAAGUGUUCCGAUUUUUUCGGUCGUAAAUGAGAAAUGCAUUAGGGCCUGUUAUUUCUUCGUGCCAGAGAUGUAGUGCGGACGGGAUGGGACUAUGGAAAUGCUUUAUGAAGGAUUUCGUAUGACAGCUUGGGAUACAGCUAUUACACAGCAUUAUUUUUCCCUAUUGGAUGUAACUUUGCUGGUUUAUUUACAGCUAUUAUAAUGUUUUAAUGCUUUUUGUACAUUCCAUGGGUGGGUUUUAGUGCAUUUUUUUUUCCGCAAUGAACUCUUUCAGACUACCUUUUCAACUCUCGGUAAUGAUUAACAGACAGUCGGAUGUGUCGUUUGGCCAUCUAAUUGCAUUCCCUAUUAAUCGGCCGACUCCGAUUUUAAUUCCCGAGUCACUCAUCAUUUCUUGAGUGCGCAGUUAUCUCUUUUUGGCACGUAUAAUUGAAGCCAUCAUGACAUAAUUUCAGUCUGAUGAUGUUGUAGUUGAAAGGGUAUUUACCACGGCCUUACCCUUGAUCAUUGAAAUUGGGUUUUCUACACAAGAUGUGUUUCUAUAUAACCUAUGCAUAUAUCAGAGGAGGUUUUCAAGAUUUUGAGGGUUUUAGUUUUUAUUUUAUAUAUCAUGAGGGUUUAUCUGCUUAACUUGAAUAUUAAACCAUCCCUUAUUUUGGCUUUGGCCUUGAUCGUAUAGAAUUUGGAUCAUAUCUCGUUAAAAAUCAUCAGAGAUAUAGAAAUAGUGCUUAUGACUUCAGAAAAGCCUUCGGUUGAAGAACACGAUAAAUUUUAUGGAUAUACGGUUGAUGGCCUGAUAGGACGCCAAUGUAUCAUUCGCUGUCAAAAAUUCAAAUCUUUCCAUACUUUAUUAAAUGUAUAAUGGCUGUGAUUUUAUACUGUACCAUGCUAAAUCAGUUUUGAAAUACUAAGUGGUAGUUGAUUGUUCUUUAAUUAGAAACAUGAAGUGUACUUGUAUUAAUGCUGCGUACCUUAGUUUCUUGCGUUGCUUUUUAUCCUUGACCGACAUCAUUCCAUUUUUUUGUAGGUCAGUGACAUAUCCUUGGCAGAUUACAUUGCUAUUACCCCUGGGAAGCAUGCUACCUAUGUCCCCCAUACAGCUGGCCGAUACUCUGUCAAGAGGUUCCGUAAGGCUCAGUGCCCCAUUAUCGAGAGGUUGACCAAUUCGCUGAUGAUGCAUGGGCGUAAUAAUGGCAAGAAACUAAUGGCGGUCCGCAUUGUCAAGCAUGCAAUGGAGAUCAUCCAUCUGCUUACCGAUGCCAACCCAAUCCAAAUAAUUGUAGAUGCAAUCAUCAACAGGUAAUCCUUACACAAUCACUGAAAAUUACCCCUUUUUUUGUUGAUUUUAGUGAAGGAUGAUGUUCACAAGUUAAAAUAUCGAAUCAACCCUGCUGUCUCUACUAAAUGACAGCAUCCGUUGACCAUGAAUGUCAUAAUUUGAGAUUUUUUUUUUUUUAUCGAAAGUAAUGCUUGUGUUCUUAUUUUUUAUGGUUCGUGCAUUAGAAGUAAGUGGUCAACUAUUCGAGUUAGUGUUCAUCGUUCAUCCUACAAGUGUGGAAUGCCUGAAUUGGACUAGUAUGCAGAGUCUCAGAAGACUUCUCACCAGACCAGUGCUCUGAGAUAUGAACUCUGGAGAAUGCAAGCCAGGCUUUUCUGGGCGUUCAUAGCCUGUUAACUACCGUCAUAUGUGGUGUUAGGGGAUGAUGGUGAUACUUAUGGAAGUUCCAUGCAUGAAUCGGCAUUUUUAGUAAUACUGCUCUAGUGAUCAGUCUGAAACUCCUGUUUUGUUCAUCUUAGCUGAUAUGUUCUUAUUUUUUCCACCUCCGAGUUUCUAUCUGGGGUCCAAUCUCCUAAACCCUGACGCUCUUUUUUGAUAUCUCCAUCCAUCUUUGAUUAUCAGUGGACCAAGAGAGGAUGCCACCCGAAUCGGCUCGGCUGGAGUUGUACGUCGGCAGGCUGUUGAUAUCUCGCCGCUGAGAAGAGUCAACCAGGCGAUAUACCUCCUGACCACUGGUGCCCGCGAGAGUGCCUUCCGGAACAUAAAGACCAUCGCCGAGUGCCUCGCAGAUGAGCUCAUCAAUGCCGCGAAGGGCUCUUCCAACAGCUACGCCAUCAAGAAGAAGGACGAGGUCGAACGUGUCGCCAAGGCCAACCGUUGA